AGAGCAUUUAUCGAAGGAGAGCCCACCACUAUCAGGGCGCGUGAGGUUUUUAAGACAAGAGAAAGCGGGAAAAAGCAAGCUCAUUCGCGUGAAUUCAGGUCCGACAUGAGAAGGGUGUAUGUAAGACUACUGAUUCGUCAUGAGGGACAUAACGACAAAAAUCAAAAAAAGAGGAAGUGUCGAGUACGAUCAAGUUACUCAGAAAGUAAGUAGAUGAAGCAGCCGUUACUGCAUUUGCCCGUGAAGCAUAUCCAGUGACGUUAAACCCUAUCAUAAGGAGAAAGAAGACUUAGGCGCUUGGUGCGUUCAUACUGCCACUCCCACGCGAAGCACAGCCAGUCUUGUUCCUCUGCCACUUUCGUUUUUUUGUCUGUUCUACUGCUCGCAGUAGAGUGAAAUAUGAUACUUAUGAUACAGAGCAGUCCUGCAACAUCGUCUUGCAUUACCACACCCGUACACUUCACCAGCGAUCUAUACCACGAAAAUUGUAUAAAAGUGUCUCACUUGAGCGACAUAGACCUCGUUGUUGUCGACGAUAGUUUUGGUAAUUGCGUCAUCGCUCUUUUAACAGCACUUUGGCUUCACCGGCCAGCGUUUACGAUACAUGUCACUUAAACACCUUCUAGCAUAAGUCUCCCAUUAAAAUUAAAAGUAUCUGGCAAAUUUUCAACAAAAAAUAAUUUGACUUUUGAGACUAUGCAGGUGUGACCGUAUCGUUCUCUUCCUCAUACAAAGACAAAGGUAUGUAUGCGCUCAUCAAGAAGAUCAAGGAAGUUAUAACAAGGUUGCCGAGCACAUUUAAUAUAGCAAGCUCAGACUCAAAGAUAAACGCAUAAAAGAUU